AUGAACCCCUACGCACAUACAAUUAUCAUCCUAAGCCUAAUUAUAGGACCACUACUCACAAUCUCCAGUAACCACUGAAUCCUAGCAUGAACCGGCCUAGAAAUCAGCACUCUAGCUAUUAUCCCACUAGUCGCUAAACAACACCAUCCACGAGCAACUGAAGCCGCCACCAAAUAUUUUCUAACACAAGCAACUGCCUCAACACUAAUCCUAUUCUCCAGCAUUAUUAAUGCCUGAAUACUAGGCCAAUGAGAUAUUACACAAAUAUCAAACAACACAUCAUGCACAAUUCUUACUACCGCCCUAGCCAUCAAACUAGGACUCGCCCCAUUCCACUUUUGACUACCAGAAGUAAUACAAGGAACUUCCACAACAACAGCUCUAAUCUUAGUUACCUGACAAAAACUAGCCCCACUAUCAUUACUAAUAAUAACCUCCCAAUCCCUAAACACACCACUACUACUAAUACUAGGACUAACAUCUACCCUAAUUGGCGGAUGAAACGGAUUAAACCAAACCCAACUACGAAAAAUCAUAGCAUUCUCCUCCAUCGCCCAUCUAGGAUGAAUAAUUACAAUCCUUACUUUAUCCCCCAAACUUAUAUUAUUUACAUUCUACACCUACAUCAUCAUAACCUCAACAAUAUUCCUAAUAAUUAAACUCCUAAAAACAAACAAAAUCUCCACAAUAAUAACAUCAUGAACAAAACUCCCAACCAUAAACACCCUAAUAAUACUAACCCUCAUAUCACUCGCAGGCCUACCACCACUAACAGGAUUCAUACCAAAAUGAUUAAUCCUCCAAGAAUUAACCAAACAACACAUAACCAUCAUAGCCACUAUAAUAGCCAUACUCUCACUCUUAACCCUAUUCUUUUAUCUACGAGUCUCAUACUAUGCAACCAUUACAUUACCACCAAACUCAACUAACUAUUCACAACAAUGACGCCACAAAAACAACCAGAAACCCUACCUAGCCCUACUAACUACACUAUCAAUUUCCAUACUUCCAAUCACACCAACCCUACUAACCAUACCAU